CACCGAUGAGUUCCCAAGCUGUAGGACAGCCUAGCCAGAUGCCUGCCUCUCCCCGUUCAUUUGUGCCGUUUCUGUUUGCAGGAAAAGUAUUCCCUGUUGGACAGAAAACACCUGAAUCUGCUGGGAUCAUGAGGAAGACAAAGUAUUCCUGGGGAGCCUUCGUGGGAAGAGGCAGCAAGUUGGAGAAAAUGUCUGGGGAAAAUGCAAGGAUGCUUCCCAAGACCACACAUGAGGAGAGAAUGAAGCAGGAAGCCAAGAGGAGAGGGAAACUGAAAACCAUGGCAGGCAAAUUGCUAAAGGUUGUGGCUAGUGGGAAAGAGACAGCAGAGGAGAAGGCUGGCAGUGAGGAUGUGGCAGGGAAUUUGCUGAAGAUGGCAACCAGAAGGAAGGAAGUGGAGGGAGAGACACCUGCAGAGGAAACCAUCUGCGGAUUCAUUGAGCAAGGAAAAUUUUUUGAAGCUUGUGAUCAUAUUUAUGGUCUCGAGCAUUCUGGAAACGAUGGUGUGGGAAUGUCUGAAUCACUUUAUAUGCUACUGGCUGAACGAAUGUGGACUGUGGUGGCAGAAGCGCUCAGUGGAAGUGGUAGGAUGUUCCUGGAGCCGUUGCAGUCGGUGGGGGAAUCGCUGAAGUGGGAGAAGCAGAAGAAAGCAGAGUGGCUUGGCAGCAGCCAAGAGACGGAGUCUGUUUCCACCUGGAGUCCAAACUUCUGGAGGAAAGAUCUGGAGGAAAAACUAAUACAGUACAUGGCAGCCCAGAUUCCCCACUUUGAUUCCUCUAGUAACACAGAUGAGACUGCACUGAAACAGCAUCUGAGUCAGCUGGAAAUGACGUUUCUCCCCAGCCUGGAGCACAGAAGUGGUUUCUUCAAGGAAGCAGGACUGCUCGUCACCUACACCCACUGCUGUCACGCCUCUUUGUCUUCUCACCUUUCCACGCUUACUGACAGGAAGAAUUUCAGUUUCAGCCAAGGUCUUUUAGUUUAUGAAUGGGGCCUUAAAAUGUACAAAAGUGGCAGCGAGACAUGUCUGAGACCUGGGCAGACCCCCCAGCACAGCCUUUCCCUUGGUGUACAGUGUCUCGUGUGGAUUAUUUUGAAGACUGAGGAAAAGUUACUUGCAGUCGCCCGGAGGGAAGUAGGGAAAGCCCUGAAAGAAGCCUUUGAUAUUGGGAAACCCCCUUGUGCAGAUGCUGCAGUCAUUCAGAUUCUAACAGAGAAGAUGAAGGCUGCCGGGCUUGUCAGUGAGAGCCUGAGCGAGAAGGUGGAAGCUGUAUGCCUGGAGGAGUGCCUGAGGUUCCUGGAGAGCUACGAAAAUGAAGUAAGAAGCGCUCUCCAGCUCGACGGCUGCCCUGGGAUCUGCAGCAGCUUACGAAUCCUGGAGAACUGCUGUAUUCUCAGGACUGUCUGGCAUAAGCUAACAUACAUUUGCAGUGCCAGCACUGGUCAGGAUGUUAAGGUAAAUGGAUUUCUAGACAGGAUGGAAGAUGGGAUUACGGAGCAUUUUCUGCAGACAGUCACUUCUAAAGUCAAGGGAACGCUGAAGGAACACUUCAAAAAAUGUGACAGUGGUUUUGACCACAUCCUUGAAUCCUUGAAGCAAAGCUUUUUGGCAUUUGGGAAGAAAAAAACAGACACAUAUGAGGCCCUCGUCAAGGCUGUCAACAUCAUCAUUAUUACAGAAUAUGUGCAGGCUCUCCUGACCACUUCCAGGAAACCAUCUUCUGUGCAGAGGAGGAGGAUUGUCAGCAAGAUAGAAGAAGAUCAUAGAAUGCUGCAAACCUUCUUUAAAGAGUGCUUAGGUCCUGCAGCUGGUGCCCUCAAGGAUCCUGUAAAAGCAAUUUUAGAACUUAUUCAAACUUCCGAUGCUGAGGGGAUGAAAAUAGCCCUUCUGCCCAUUCUCAAAGAAUUUCCUGAUCUAAGGAAGGAACAUCUGAGUGCAGUGCUGGACAUGAAAGACUCACUCAGCCGAGAAGACAGAGCUGCUCUCUUGAAGGCAUUUCAUGAUAAUUGCAGGGAAUCAGAAGCAAACUUGCUUUUUGCAGAUAUAGAAGUAAAACCUAGAAAAUAUGGACUCUGUGGCUGCCUCUGCUGUUAGCAAAGGCCUGCUGGGAGAAACAUGAGGUCUCGCUCCCACGUGGCAACAUCUGCCAUCACAGCUCCUUGAAAGCUUCAGGGACGGUCGGGGACAGUCGGAUGCACAGAGAAGCCUGACAGCUGUGGAAGACACAGUUCCUGCACUUUUGUAGGAAAACCACAUGGCUCAAAUGUUUCUAUGCAAAGUCCAGGUGGAAGAUGAAUGGGAUAUGGCGGAAAGACAUUCCUUCAAAAUUUCCUAGAGAUUGCCGCUUAGCUGAGUCCUGGUGGUUAUUCCCAGGAUGUGGCAUGGUGGUGUGUGGAGGAGGAGGAAGGUUCUCCCUUGCCAAAUUUCUCUCUGUUUCCAUCCCUUGUUUCAUGCAAUCUCACACAAAACCAGGGACUGCUGCACCACACGGUGUCCUAGCAGAUGACAUGGCAUCACAACCUCCCCCAGGGACCCAGGACCCUCCAUUAGGGAAUCCUGCCUAGCCCAUGGUGUCGGUGGUGCCUGUGGGUUUGGGCACCUGGAUCCACCCCCUGAAGCCUGACCUGCACCAGGAGGGAUGGAGAGAGCUGCUUCUUCCCUUGCUCCCCACCCACAAAGGCUGUGACAGGCUUUGGGGGCAGCCUGCCGUGGUGCUGGCUGUGGGAUGGGGAACUCUUCCCAUAUGAGUUUUACAGCUGGCUCUGGAGCAGAGUUUUACAUUCAUUUUUAUACCUCAGUUACUGGAAAUUUCCUCUUGGAGAGGGAGGGGAAAGCCUCAUGGGAAGCAGGCAAUGAAAGGAGCUGUUUGUCCCAGCCUCCGGGCAAGGUCUGUGCUGUUUUCAGAUGUAAAUAGGCAGUUCCGCCGGGAAAACACUGACUUUUCUUCCCAGUUAUCUAUGGACUGGUCACAAUCUCCAAGCUGGAUUUGGUUCAAGGCCCUCCUUUGCUAUUGUGUUAAUAUAGGCCAUUACCGCUCCUCUCUGGCCGUGUAAACAAGCAAAAAACCUCUGCUACCUCAGGCGUGCCAGUGUUUUUCUGAGCAGCCAUUUCCCCUUCAAUCUGCUUCCCCAACAAGAAAAGGGGCAAAUUUGUGCAUAACCCGCCAACGUGCGAGGCAGGGGAUGUAUCAGGCCCUGGGACCUUGGGAACGCGCAGACCCGGGUGGGUGCUGCCACGCUCUGCCGUGCUCUUGCUGUCACCCCGGGGACACGGGUGUCCUGCUCAGGGGCAACUUGUCCGCCCGGAGCCUUCCAUGCAGACGGGGUCCUGUGAGCUUGGCAGGAGCUGGGGCAGGUUUAUAAUUGUCGUGAACUUUCCUCCUGGCACAGCGCUGAGCGUGGGGCGAGCGGCAGGGAAGCGAGAAGGAACAGGCUGCUCCAUCUCCAGGGAGUCCUCGGUGGGCUUUUGGGGUACCAUGAGACCUUGGCAUCGUUACGCUCGCCUCGUUAAAGGGCAGCGAGAGCGACCCGUGGCCUGCCUGCCCCUCCUGUCUGCAUGUCUGCUUCAAAGGCCCAGCUCCCGCGUCCCUUGCAUUUUAUAGCUGUUCCUUGCAGCUUCAGUGAGACCUUUGCCAGGACGUGGGGAGCUGGUGGAGCUGCAGCCUGGCCGGGUGGGCGCGGGUCGGGCUGUGGGGCUGGAUGGACGCCUGCCCUCCCAAGGGUGCCAGCCCUGCUGGGCACAACUGAGCAAGUCACCCUCCCCUCCUGCCUAAUUGCAUGUUUUUUUCAAGGGUGGGAAGGGAUGACAGACCCGGCUGCGACAGCAGGGUCAGUGUCAGCCUCUGCCGAUGGGGAUUUCAAGCAACGAGCCUUCCAGAGAAAAUAAAUAAAAACCCCCUCUGACAUUUCGAUCACGGCCAGGCUAAAAAUAAUCCCACGGCAUGUGGAUGGCUCCUGCCAUGUCCAUGUCAAUUGCUACAUACGUCUCUGCCAUUUGACAUUUGCUGUCAGACGAGGGUAUGCUCUGCUUGCAAGCAGUGGCUGGGAGCCGUGAGGGUCACCGGGCUUGCCGCUACUGACCCUGCAGAUGAGAUGGCUGAGGACAAGCCCUGCCCCAUCACAGCUGCCACUGUGCCUGUCCUCGCUGGGUGGGCAGGGGAAGGGCAGCACCUUCUGCUCUCUCUGUGUCUCUGGAGAAGCAGCACUUUCAGUGAGGUUUCUUAGCGGCAAGGUUCUCCACCCUGUGC